AUGAAUAAACAAAAAAAAUUUAAUUUCAACAGUGGCAAAAAAAAUAUUGAGCAUAAAGAACAAGAAAAACAAAAUGACAUUGGUAACAAUAGCACCACCGAAAGUACAGAAAAAGUUUAUAUAGAGGAAUUAUCAUCAUUUUUAAUAUUAUUUCCUAGAUUGUGCAAUUUUAAUUUUAAUAAUAUAGCAAAAACAAUUUUAUGGCAAUGUUUAUUGGAUAUUUUUUUUUUGCACAGCCCUAAUGAUAAUAGUCAGUCUGCUAGUUGCAACAUCCAAAUAUUUGACAAAUAUUUGAGCUUUUUCAAAACAAAAAAUUGGAAACAUCAAUCUUAUAAUAAAGUACACUUAAAAGAUUAUUGGAGAGAUAAGUUUGUAGAAAAAUAUAUUCAUAAUUCCAGCAAUAAUGAUACAGUAAAAAAUUGUGAGCUUGAACACUGGCAUCCAUAUGAUUCAAUGUGCAAUAAAAAACUUUUUGCUACAGAGACUGUCUACUAUUGUUUGGACUGCUCAAGAAGUCCACUUUAUGAGAUUUGUGAAGAAUGCUUUGAUUUUGAGUACCAUAAUAACCAUAGGUACAUUGCUAGAACAUUAGGUAAAAGUGAAAGCAGAGUAUGUCAUUGUGGGAGUCAUGAUGACUUUAUUGAUACAAAAAUAGGUAAACAUUGUAAAAUGCUUUCUUUUGCCGAUAAUUCAGUGGAAAUUUUUGAUUUAGAUGUAUUGGAAAGGCAAUUCGAAUGUAUUUUCAAUUACAUUUUGGAUGUUUUAUUACAAUCAGACACAUCUAAUUACUCGCAAUUAAAUAAAUAUUUCAUGAUGAGCGCAAAUGUAAUAAAUAUUUAUAAACAGACUGAUGCAAACGGUGUUAAAAAUUUAGAGAGGCUUGCCAAUGAGCAUUGUUUAAUAUUAGAAGAUAGUUGCUGUAACUCAUCACAAUAUACCCUAGCCAACGAAUUAAGUUCAAUCUUAGAUAAACCGAUUGAAUAUUGCCUUUCACUUGUGGAUGAAUUCCUACGCAACAAAAGUUUCCAAGUUAUAGCACAAACUUUUGACUUAUCCUUUUUAGAACAAAUUCAGGCAAAACUUAAGGAUAAAAGUAUUCCUUCAAAAAUUAUCACAGUGGAACAGGUUGUGCAAUAUGAGAUUGCACAAGAGUUAAUUGCAUUUGUAUACAUAUUGCUAAUAAAGUGUAAUUACUCAAUGAAUUUGAAAAUUGCUGUUAGAAAAUGUUUAUUAAACGAUUGGGAAUCCUCAUUGUAUGCAUUUAAAAAUAUGGACAUUAGAGCUUCGACUUUAAGCUCAUGUGAUUUAGAUUUUAUGAGUUCCAUUACACAAAAGUGUAGUGUCAUAGAGAUCCCGAUAAUAAAGAAUUUUUUUUUCAGUGAUCCAAAUUUUUAUUUCGAUACCAACAAUCUAUGGCAAUACGAUACAUCUUGCGAUUUAAAAAUCAAUGAAGAACAGAAGAAGCAAAUUUUUGACUAUUUUAUUCAUAACACCAAAAAAAAUUUUUUAUCGAAACCAUCCAAAUACCAAUACUUUCUGGACUGUUCAUCAAGUUUGUUAACAAACUUCAAUAAACUAAAAUUAAUCAAGAUUCUAGAAAGUGCAUACUCCAUAUCUGGAGAUGAUUUUAAUAUUUAUGCCGCUUCACAAUAUUUGGAUUUGUAUCCUAAAUUAAUAUAUCAAUAUUUCAUCUCAGACCAAGCUUCAUAUAAAGCUUCUAUAUUAACUUCCAUGUCUCAAUAUAUUUUUCAAAAUCCAAAAGUAACUAAUUUGUUGGUUCAUACUCCAUUUUUUAGCAGAAUGAUAAAACUAUCCUUUUUUUUAAUUAACUAUUCAUCUGACUUUUUCCAAAUCAUUGACCAAGAUUUUAUUCCGUGCACCAUUGAAUUUAAAUUGCCAUCAUCCGACAAAUUACAAAGCAGAAAAAUUAUUUCAUUCUAUAAGGACAUUUACUUAGCAUUUUCUAGCAAUACGAAUCCGAAAAGUGUUUUUUCCAACCAAGAACUAAUGGAUACGAUCUUUUGUUGUGCCCGUGCUUUUAAAUCUAUUGUUCCAUUGAAAAGGGAAGAACUGCAACAUGUGGAGUAUGAAAGCUUUGAUUUCCAACCCUUUUUCCAGUUCUUCAAUCCUUUAAUUGUAAUGAUAGAUUCUUAUAUUAGAAGUAUCUGUUUAUGGACAGACGAUUUAGAUGAAAGGGCUAAGAUAAUCAACACUUUGUUGGAGAAGGCAGUUAAUGAGGAGUUAAAGGAUGUUUUGAGUGAUAGGGGGGUUUCAGGUUCAGGCGAUACCUACUUAGAAAAUAGUACUUGUUCUUAUGACGGUGAUUAUGCUGUUUCUGAUGUUAACUUUCAAUUAAAUAUGAAUAAUUUUAAAUUGAAAACCCUUCAAGUAUCAAACGAAAUCUAUAAAAUUAUUGACUUCAAAGUUGGUGUCGAUAUUCAAAGUUUUAUUCAUCCGUUUUCGUACAUUAUCAAGUUUAUUUUGCAAUGGUCGUGCAGCGGCAGAUACGAAAAGUUACCUGAUGAUUUUAGAAAAAAAUUAAUGGGCAAAAUAUUUGAGCUCAAUAAGGAGACCUUAUUUUGUAACCCCACCAAUAUGCUACUGUUAUGUGAACAUCCAAUUUCAACUUUGGCUAUGAUUUCACAAAUUAGAUCAGGGUUUUGGAUUAGAAAUGGCGCACCAAUUGUUUUGCAGAUGAAAAAGUACACAAAAGACAAUUUAAAAGAGUAUACGUAUUAUAGUGACUUGUUCAUUACUCAGUUGGGGAUGUGUUACUGCUUACCAAAUGAGUUUAUGUGUCUAAUGAUUGAUAGGUUUAAUUUGAGAAGUUGGUUUAUGGGAAUUCCACUAGAUGAUUAUCCAGAUCGUGAAACAACUGUAAAAAUGGUGGAGGAGAUGUUUUUAGUAUUGAUCAGGUUAUUUACCGACAUUAGGUCACUUUCACUACUAUCUUCCUUUGAUGGAUUUGAGAAAAAUCUCAUUACAGAAAUUGUCCAUGUAUUGUGUUUUAAGGAUGAGAGUUAUAGUAAAGUGUCACAUGCUCUACCUGAGCACUUGACUAGAAAUCCAUCAUUUGAUCUCUAUUUGAAAAAAGCUGCUGAUUUUUUUAAACCAAAGUCCGAUAAAGUACCUGGUCUAUAUAGAUUGAAGCCAAAGUACUUUGAUAUGGUUGAUCCGUUUUAUGUGACUUUUGGUGCCUCGCAAUCAUAUGAGGCUGAAAUUAUUGUUCGCAAAAGGCAACAGAUUACCCAUGGUAUAAAUAAUUAUAACGAUACGUUUAUCCCUGUCAGAAAUAUCGAAAAAUUUUUAAAUAAUAAAUUAUUAUUUAAAAAUUUGUUUGCGAUUUGCGGUUCUGAUAAUUUCGGUAUGUGGAUAAAAAACAGUCUAGAAUUACUGGUUCAUCUUGAAUUAGAAUCUUUAGCGACAAAAGUUAUACAUUUAAUUCAUAUUUGUGUGGUUAACAGCCUACAUAUUUUUGAACCCAUAUUUUGGAGAGAAUAUCAAAGCUCCUGCACGUUGGAUGAAGUUUAUAGACAAAGCAUAGGCUCUCUUUUAUAUUCGUUUCUACAAAUGUCUAAAUUUUCAAAUGAGCAUGGGAAAAUUAGGGAAAUAUUUAGAUUCAUGAAGUCUGAGGCACCUCAUAUUGACAUUAAUAAAUUUUUGGAGGAACAGGUACAAAGCUUUAAUAAAACGAUUUUAGAAACAUCGAAUUUUUAUAUGCAUAACGAAUAUAGAAGUGAAUCUUCAGGGUUUUGUUGUCUUGAUUCUAAAGAUUCAACCACAAGUUUUGCUAGUAUUUCUAGCACAGAAACUGAAUUUGAAAGAAAGAAGAAAAUUGCUAAAGCUAAAAGAGAAAAGAUGAUGGAUAAAUUGAAAAAACAACAAAGUCAGUUUAUAGAAAAUAAUCUUGAGUACAUUGAGGAUUUUGUCCCAUCAAGUAGAUGUGAGUCGACCAAAACCGAAUGGGAAUACCCAGAAGAUACAUGUACAUUUUGCAAGAUUCCCAGAAAUGAAACGCCGCUAGUAUAUUUUGGACUACUCAUAGAUAAUUUAGUGGAUGAAUUUGGUGAUGUAUCAAAUUUCAAAUUAUUUUCAGGUUUGCAGGGAAUGCCACUAGCUAAGGGUUCACAAAUUAAAACACAACAAUGUCUCACUGUCAAAUUUUGUGGGCAUGGUAGUCAUCCCGAUUGCUUGUUGCGACAUAUGGAUUCACAACGCUUAACCUAUUCUCAAAUCACUAAAAAUAUAACAUCCGCCAUCGGGAAUUCAUGUUUUAUGUGCCCAUUGUGUAGUUCUCUAUCAAAUUGGUUUAUCCCAAAAAUCAAUACCAUGACUUUGAGAACUUCUGAUUAUUUGGAAAAUUUUUCCCCGGAGCCAAUAUUUGCAGGAAAUGAAUUCCAAUCCGAAUUGAAAUGGUGUGCCAAAUCUUUGUCUGUAUUUUCAUCAUUUAUCUUUCAACGGGAAAGCAUUUCCUUUUUUGAUGCAAGGGUGCAUCUAAACCAGUUGAUGAUUAAUACGGUCAAAAAUAUCGAGCUAUCUCUUAGAAGGAAAGGUGCGGAUGACGAGUUUAUUAUGAAAGCUUUGAAUAACCAGAAAUUGACGACGCUAAAACUUUUAGGUGAUUUUGAAUUUUUUUGCAUUAAUAAUUCCAAGCAAUUAGCACAAUUAAUUAGGACGCAUAGGGAGACAAAUGAAAUAUCAGAGAGUUUUGAUGAUUAUUUUAAUAAUUUGGAAAAGUUUACAUCUACAGAUCCAUUAAAAAUUAUAAAUUUUGCUCUGACUGGAGAAACAGCUUGUGCAUAUAUGAAAAAAUUGGGAUACAAAAGUUUGAUACUUACCAUUGUUAAACGUUCGUUGUUGCUUAAUUUUGUACGUUUAUUUACAGCAUUAAAAGUCUCAAGCUUCAAGUUGGAGGCUGCAUGGAUGGAAAAUUUAGUUUUUCCUCGAGAGCAUCACGUUUUAGUUGGUUUAAUAAAAAAAUUUCUCGAUGACAACAAAUCAUCGUUCCCUGUAAAAUUGCUGGAUGAAAUUAAAAAAAAUUUGCCCGUCAUAUUAGAUUUAGUUUUGGAUCAAUUGAAAGUUUUGUUGAGGAGAAUUGCUCUUUGUGUAGUGUCGAAAUACUUUAUUUCCUUUCAUGCGGAUGUCGGCAGUAUAACAAAAAAAAUUAAUCAUGUUGGCAAAAUUGGAGAAAUUAAUCAAAUAUUAGGAUACUUGGGUGUUGAUAAAAUUGAGGGUAUUUUAAAAAAUUUGGAACAUAGGCAUAUUCAAAUUUUUAAGAUGUUAAUAAAUGAUGAGUUGGUGUCUAAAAAACAGUUGGAUAUACCACUAACAAGUCCAUUUCAAUUAAGUGUUUUACCUGAAAGAUUAUGUGAUGUUUGUCCUAAAUCCUACUCUUUAGAUUAUGAAUUGAAAUAUAAAGCUUUUAAAAAUACGGAUAGUGCAAUUUGCUUAUUUUGCUCUAAAAUGAUGUGGAUUGAACAUUCACCACCAUGGCAUAAUUCUAGGUUUGGUAAAUGUUGUAAUCAUGUUUACAAUGAAUGCGCUAAAAGUUCAAGUUUUGGUUGUUUUCUUUUACCUAAAACGGGUGCAUUGCUUUUGCUUUUUGGUAUGAGAGGAACAUUUUAUCCGGCCCCAUACUUGAAUGAGCAUCAUGAAUAUGAUUUGGAAAAGUUGGGAACUGUGUUGAAAUUAAACGAAGACUUGUAUGAGAAAUUUACUAAUGACAUUGUAUUGGGAAGUAAAAUACCUGAUAAAAUAAUAUCGGUACAUGGGAUGGCCAAUGAUUUUGGUGGAUGGGAACAAUUUUAA